UUAAAAAUGGCGUCGUCCGCUGGUUCUCUUCAGCAUCCAAGUUGUGCGUUGGAGAGGGUUUUGAGAAAGUUAAGCGGCAAACGUGCAGAUACAGGCCACAUACGAACAUGUCAAGAGCUUCUGUAUGUCUUGUCUGUUGACCGUUACACGAGAGACGCAAAUUUCGCUGUUUAUUUCCAAAGAAGUAUCAACGCAACAGACAGCUUGUACGAUGCCACUUUGACAGACGGCGAUUGUAAGGUUCGAGUCUCCGUUGAGCCGAGAUUAAAUAACCUUAUUGAGAAAAACAUAUUACGAUGUGGCAGUACCAUAAAAAACGUGGAGUUAUACUUGGAAGAAAACACUGAGGGUGGUAGUGUCGAUAUUCUUGUGACAAAUCUAGAAGUGGACCAGAGCGCCGACCAGGAUGCUGCUCUGCGCGCGCUGUCAGGCGUAAAUGUCAAAACAUUGCCGUGGUGCGCAGGAGGAGCAGAACCCAGUCCUCUUCCACUGCGAUCACGGAGAGGCACUUAUCUCCCACUGUGGACCGACAACGACUUCUUUGGAGAAAUGUGGCGUGACCAGCCACCUGAAAACGCAAGAGAAAGGAACAAGACUGGUCGUCCAGUUACACUGAGAGAAGUGCGCCACCGCUUUCUGACUGAUGGAAAACUUAUUCGUGGAGACAUUCGUAUCAGAAUCCUCCAGAAGUCCAGACUAAUGCACUAUGGCAAAACAGACCAGAGUUGCUUAUAUCCAUACAGGGCUGAGCUGCAGGUGGCUGAUGGGUCAGCAAGUGUUACGGCAGUCCUGUGGAACUCCAUGUGUGUGGAGUGGUACAGGCGUCUACAUCCAGGCAUGGUGCUGCACCUUAGUCACUUCAGAGUGAGAGAGAGCUUCAGCCAUCGCAUGGGCCAGAACCCAGAGCGGGACAUAGAGAUCAGUUUGAACUCCUCUCACCCAGAAGCCAUCAUUUCCAUAGUGUCAUCAGUGUCUCCAGACUGGUGCUUACCUGACGUACCACAUCACUUUUGUAAGGGGAGUGACCUCCAAAGCAUUCCCCACGGCAGCAUCUGCGAUGUGCUGGGCCUGGUUAUCUUUGUUGGCAGGCCAGAGUGCACCCAAAUUAAAGAUAGAAAGAUGGACAUUUUUCGCUGGAUCCAGUUGGAGGAUGGGUCCUCUGAUCAACCAAUCAUGGUGAAGUUGUACUCCACAUCCCAGCCUGAUGUUCACAGCGCAAUCCAACCAAUGGCUGUAUUUGUCUGCACCAGACUCAAAUUGGUCAAAGGAUCAGAGUUCUACUACCUGACCAACACACAGUACACACAGCUGUACUGCACAGGCACUGGCCGGCCUCUUACAAUCCCCUACAAAGGAAUCCGCCCAUUCAGACAGUUUCUGCAAUGGCUCGAUCAGAUGGAUGAGAACGAUGUGAUGAACCGCUCGGUGGUUGGAGGGUACUUCAUUUUUCCACCCCCUCCAUCUACACUCACAACGUUUAUGGAGGAAUGGAAAGAGCAAUCUGGGCUGCUCCGUGGAGAUGAGCUGAGAGUGCGCUGUGAGAAACUGCGCUACAGGGAGUCACAGCGGUUUUGUGUCCAGUGUACUAUUGGCACAGUAGAGUAUCAUCACCAGGAUGACACCCAUCUGAGUUUCCUCUCGUCGUCUUCUCUCACUGCUCCUACAAGCCCAGGAGAUCUCCCACAAACAAGACGGAGCACACCAAGACCACAGAAAAGACCAAACCCCAUCACAGCAGGAACUCCCAAGAGGAGACGGUGUUUGCCUUCAUCUGAGCCUGAAGAGGUUUCAGAAAGUGAUUUGUCUCUUUUUGAUAGUGCCUUGGAGUUUCUAAUUGGAGACGAGAGAGAUUUAGAUGCUGCCAGCGACGAAGACGGUGACAAUGACAGUUUUUUCUCAGUGGACACUAGCCCAUCAACCAGCCCUUUCAGUCUCUCCCAAGCUGCCAUGGAAACCAUUCCAAGAAGCUUCUGUUUCCGUCGGCGACACGUUCAGGCCAGCGCAACAGGUCUCCAGCCCAGCAGCUUCCAGAAGCUCCUCCCAUUUGAGGAGCUGGACUCAUUCAGUCCUGCAAAGUUCUACCAUGGCCAUUACACGCUGCAGUUGCGAGUUCUGUCGGAUAGAGUGGUCCUGAAUGCUCUUUUCUUCCCUGCGUCUGUGGACACCAACCACUGGAGGCCCCUCCCACAAACACAUGCCAAUAGCUGGGAGAGUAUCCUGUCGCAUGGGGGCUUCUCACCCCACAUCCCAAACCCAAGUCCAGUGGACUUGAUGGCCACCAGAUCUCAGCUGGCAAAUCAGAAGUUUGUGUGUGUACUGGAAGCGUGUUCGCUGGGCAGGAAUAGACUAGAGUUGGUCCUGAGUCGAGCCUUUCUCCUGCAGAGCUAAGAUGGAACACUUGAUGCAUUCAUUGAUGGCUGAUAUGCAGAGUUCACACUCCUGAGAGUUACUCGCUUGAAACCUUUGUACUGAAAUAAAUAUGAAAAGCACUUUAA